AGCUUCAUCCUUGGGCUCUGCAUAUUUUACCAUUAACGCUCCCAGACAAAACUAGGUAAAACAACAAGAGAAAAAAAAAUGUCGAAACGUUUCAGGCUUCGAAUUUCCAAAAUCAUAUUUUCGAUCAAUCCUUGUAGUUCCAAAGACCCCUCCAAUCCAGUCCCAUCUAUCUUCCGAUUCUCUACGGUCAACCCCACAGUACUACUUCCAGAACACCGCUCACACCCCGCCACCACUACCGGUGAUAAGCCCCACCGUUCUUUCCUGAAGCGCCACGUGUCUGCCGCGUUCAUGUCUGUGGGAUGCUGUCGUAGCCGAUCAAAACCCACCCUCUCCGACCACGACGACGACAAUGUUGGUAGUACUAGAUCAUCACGUGACGAAACCUUCUUCCAGUGGGAGAAACAGGACAACUGGCACGUGAUCGCCAAGGUCUACGACGACGAAGACGUCGACGUCGUCGUUGAAACCCCUCGCCGAAAAAUCUACACUUCGUCAGUCUCGGGGCGUUCAGAAACUGAAAACGACGACGUUUUGCCUCCUCCUCCGCCGCCUCCUUCGUCCGCUGAAAGUAAAAAGAAGAAGAAACGACGGCCCAAGAAGAAAACGACAUCAUCAGCAGCUCGGUCUAUACUACUCAGAAUCAGCACCUCUUCAGCCGAGAGCGGACUUUUCAGCAACGAAGAAGACGAAGACGAAGAAACUGAGACGUUGGUUUCAUCUUCUAGAAGCUUAUCGACUUCAGACUCGUCGUCCGAGUUCAACACCCAGCUGGAAACCAUACGCGAGGUCGCACUGGACCAUAAUAAUUAUCCAAGUAACAAUAACUACAAGAGAUCUUCGAGGAAGAAAAAGAAGAAGAAAUCGUCAAAACGGUGCGUUUCGAAACAGGGAAGGAAGUCGUCAUCGUCAGCGUCUUCGGCGGCGGAGAGCGCCGCCGAGACCACUCCUGCGAGGCUUUCGAUGUUUCAGAGGAUGAUUCCUUGUACUGUAGAUGGGAAAGUGAGGGAGAGUUUUGCGGUGGUGAAGAAGUCGGCUGAUCCGUACGAAGAUUUUAAGAGGUCGAUGAUGGAGAUGAUUUUGGAGAAGCAAAUGUUUGAGGAUAAGGAUUUGGAACAGCUCUUACAUUGUUUCUUGUCUCUCAAUUCGAGAGACCACCAUGGGAUCAUCGUCCGAGCUUUCUCGGAGAUUUGGGAAAUUUUGUUCUCUAGUCGAAGAGUUUCUAGAGCUCUUUGACCAAAAUCAUGAAAAGUAGUAAUAUAAAAGUACUUAGUAAUUAAUUAACUAUAUUAGUAUUCAUAAUCUUGUAAUAUUAUUUUACAUAUUAGUAUAUAUAUGAAUGAA